CAGAUGUGUUGUGAAGAUCACAGGGGAGAUGGUGCUGUCCUUCCCUGCGGGCAUCACCAGGCAUUUUGCCAGUCACCCAACUCAACCCAUCCUCACCUUCUGCAUUAACAACUACAGCCGACUGGAGCAGGUCCUCCCCAAUCCACAGCUGCUGUGCUGUGAUUCCACAACAGACAGUGUCGACACCAAGGAGUUCUGGGUGAAUAUGCCAAACCUGAUGAGCCAUCUGAAAAAAGUGGCUGAACAGAAGCCUCAGGCGACAUACUACAAUGUGGAUAUGAUCAAAUAUCAG